UGCGGCUACCGCUGGUCAAUCUCAUCCCGGAGAUUGUCCUGGGGCUGGGAAGAGACGCCUUUUUAAGAGAACCUGUGCCUUUACGGCCAGACCUCUGAGAAAGGAAUGGAAUAAGUGGGAGGUGGAGAAAAGGAAGGGUGGAAGAGAGGGGGGGGGAGAGGGAGAGGGAGAGAGAAGGUGAAGGACUAUUCUAGAGGAAAGCAAAAGGGAAUAGAGGCUGCACUUCCACUGAUGCUGGAACGGGAGCGAGCCUAGUGCCGGCAUAAAUGAAGAGUGGUUUUCACAUGAAAUAAAAAAGCACUUGAUUGUAGAAGAACAUUGCAAGCACCAUUUUUAACCCAAAAAAUAUCAGGAAAAAGUAUGAAAGAGCAAUCUGAUUGAUCCUCAAACCUGGAAACCACCAUAUCCACUGGAAGACACAGAAUGGCCCUGCAACAAACCUUCACCACUAGAUUUCUUGAAGAAUGGUGCUUGGAUAAAUCACUGUCUGGCUGCAGGAAGCACCAGAAUGUCUGGAAAAAACUGAGACAAAUACGCAUUGUAGGGCUCUUCAUGGGCAUAAUGGCCAUUUGCACGUUCUCACUUUCAACUAGUGCCUUUUUCAAGAUAGAGACACACAGCACAGAUCGGGCCAACAGUUUAGGUCAUUCAGAAUUAAUGUCUGGAUACCAUCUAAGAACUCUGCUAGACUUAAAGGAGAAGGUUCAGGAUGGUACUCCAGAGCCGCUUCCUGCAAAGUAUGAAAAUGCAACGGAACAUCCUCAAGGAGACUACCCCAGAGACCUCUUUUCCCUUCAGGAGCGAAGAAGAGGUGCAAUAAUUCUCCAUGUCCUCGGAAUGAUCUACAUGUUCAUUGCCUUAGCCAUAGUCUGUGAUGAAUUCUUUGUUCCUUCUCUGACUGUCAUCACUGAAAAGCUGGCCAUUUCUGAUGAUGUAGCGGGGGCAACUUUCAUGGCUGCCGGGGGCUCAGCUCCAGAACUUUUCACAUCUCUGAUAGGAGUCUUCAUAGCUCAUAGCAACGUUGGCAUUGGCACAAUUGUAGGCUCAGCAGUAUUCAAUAUCCUGUUUGUUAUUGGGAUGUGUGCGUUGUUUUCAAGAGAGAUCCUAAACCUUACCUGGUGGCCACUCUUUAGGGAUGUCUCAUUUUAUAUUGUUGACUUGAUCAUGCUUAUAAUUUUUUUUCUGGAUAAUCACAUCACAUGGUGGGAGAGCUUGUUGCUAUUAACAGCUUAUAUUUGCUAUGUGACUUUCAUGAAGUUCAACGUUCAGGUGGAAGCAUGGGUGAAGCAGCUGCUAAAUAGAAACAAAGUUGUGAAAGUAACUGCAACCACAUCAGCAGCAGCAGCAGAGAAUGAUGCAAAGUCAUCUACUGCCAAGGACAAGGAUGAACAAACUCUAACGACUAAGCCACGGCUCCAGCGAGGUGGCAGCUCUGCUUCUCUGCAUAAUAGCCUGAUGAGGAACAGCAUCUUCCAGCUCAUGAUUCAUACCCUUGACCCACUUGCCGAAGAGCUUGGAUCAUAUGGAAAACUAAAAUAUUAUGACACAAUGACUGAGGAAGGACGCUUCAGAGAAAAGGCUUCAAUACUUCACAAGAUUGCCAAGAAGAAGUGCCAGGUGGAUGAUAAUGAAAGGCAUAAUGGGACUGCCAACCAUAUGGAAAAAAUAGAGCUCCCAAACAGUACAAGUGUUGAAGUGGAAGUAUCACCACCCAGUGAAGGUUCAGGACCUGUACAAAAUGGAAAUCUCUCCCAUGGCAUUGAACCAACAGAAAUACAGGCUUCAGAUACAGGUGAAGAUGAAGACGACCAGCCACUCAGUUUGUCCUGGCCGACCAACACACGCAAACAGAUCACCUUCCUGAUCGUUCUUCCCAUCGUGUUUCCAUUAUGGAUAACCCUCCCUGACGUCCGAAAACCCUCCUCAAGGAAGUUUUUUCCCAUUACGUUCUUUGGAGCCAUCACCUGGAUAGCCAUUUUCUCUUACUUGAUGGUCUGGUGGGCACAUCAGGUUGGAGAAACAAUUGGUAUUAGUGAAGAAAUUAUGGGCCUCACCAUCUUAGCUGCUGGGACUUCUAUACCUGACCUCAUUACCAGUGUCAUAGUGGCUCGGAAAGGACUUGGGGAUAUGGCAGUGUCCAGCUCUGUUGGGAGCAAUAUCUUUGACAUCACAGUGGGACUCCCACUGCCCUGGCUUUUAUAUUCUGCUAUUCACAGAUUCAAACCAGUGACAGUCAGCAGCAAUGGUCUCUUCUGUGCUAUCGUUCUCCUCUUCAUCAUGCUACUCUUCGUCAUCAUCUCCAUCGCUCUCUGCAAAUGGAGGAUGAACAAAAUCCUGGGAUUUACCAUGUUUGGCCUGUACUUUGGAUUCCUGGUGGUCAGUGUCCUCUUGGAGGACAGAAUCAUCAUGUGCCCCGUCUCCAUAUAGCUGGAAAAGCCAUUUCUUAAAUAAAUAAUUGAGACAGCAACAGAUGGUCCCCAAUCCCUAUCCUCUCUCAGCCUGGGUCCUCUAAACCCCCUGAAGAAGAGGCAGCUGGCACAUAGCCCUAUAUUUUUGUAAAGCUUAUCUCCUUAGCUUAAGGAGGGAUGGAUUCCAAGUUCACUUCAUGUGCUGCUGCCUCUGUCACUGACUGUCACAGUCACACAGAAGAGACAAGGGCAGUCAUUUUGUGGCUUUUCUCUACUCACCACUGACAGGUCGUACUCCUCGCUGGUCGGAGGUACAUAAAGCUAUAACAACGUGAGCUAUAACGUCAGUUAUAUGUAUACAUAUAUACAUAUAUAUACAUAUACAAACUACCAGUUUCUAUGUAUUGCACUCUUUCCAUACAUAUAUUAACAUAUGCUUAUACACACAUGAAGAAAGAAGAAAUAUAUAUACAUAUAAAUAUGUAUCAUUUCAGGGAUAGCUCUAGUAUCUAGUAUUUGAGGAGGGGUACCAACUUUUGGUCUGGCCAUUUUGGAAAGUGUCAUCUAGCAGAAUUAGGGUUGGACAAGGGAAGGGUUGCAUUCAGCAACAUUCUUCCCUGGAACCAACACUCAGGUUAGGCUUGUACAGACUCUUGAAAUGGAAAAGUUUUGAGAAACCAUUAGAAUCAUUUAGUAGAGAGAACAAGUGUUGUAUUUCAUAAAGACUGAACCACCCUGUAGGAGCCCUCAAAUGCUCUUACAAACUGGACUGAGAAGCCAGAACAGCCAGUCUGUAUGUGUAGUGACAGCUUGGAACCCACAAGGUUCCUCAGGCUACUUAGCUAUAAGACCCAAACUGACAUUUUGGAGAGGGGAAUAAAAGGAAGGUUCUCCUCCUAUCACUCCAGCAUGCAAGUAGACUAUAUGACUGCUAAAUUAAUUAGCUUUAUUCCUAAAACAGCAAGACUAUAUAAACUAUACCCCUGUCAUUCUAAUGCUCUUGCCAUCAUUAUCAUCAUGAAAAGCAAAAAAGAUAUUUGAGCUGUGAUUGUUAUCUGCAUUACUUUUCCAGUAACAUCAGAUCCCUACCUAGUUUGAAAAAGUUUAGCUUUAUGGAAUGGAUUACCAUCCUGAGAGAAGAACUCUUUGGGCUUUGGUUCUUUUGGGAACCCUUUCAGAGUGAUGAUAGAUGACCUUAGUGCCCAGAAAAGUCAUUAGGCCUAUCAUAGAGGUGUAGUAUCAGGAGAUAAAUGCAGGUUAGGGCUAGGCUAUGCAGAGAUGCUUGAGAAAAUAGAGUUGAAGCUAAGCAUUCUAUAGUGAGGUUUCCUUCUGACCUCUGAGUUACUCCUGUGCUGAGCCAAAUGUAGGGCUUGUUGCAGAUCAGUAUUUGGUUAAAGGUCAUGCAUGUCACUUCAUUUUCCACCAUCAGAGUAGCCUGCAGGUAUAUUGCUGGCAUGUACCCUGCUUGUAGGGGAGAUAGAUUGCUAAGGGCCACACAUGACAAAUUUUCCAUGCUGUUUUCAGAGCUGACUUCGAUGAGGCUCUUGCCACAUGGAUUUUUCUCAAUGUCUCAAGGGCAAUCCAUAUUUCAUUCAGUACUCUCCAUCUCUAAUUUGUUUCUUGUGUGAUUCUCCAUCUCUAUAUAGGAGCAGAGAGGAAAGCUGACCCUCUCCCCUCCACCACCACCCCCCCCAAACAAAAAGACAAUUGGCAAACAAGAAAAGCAAGUGUUUAAUUUCUUCACAAUUGUAAUUGCAACAAAAGAAAUAAAAAAAUAUGAAUUCAGGGUGCCCCAAUAUUCUUUAUUCAUCCCACUGGGCCUCUCUGUUGAUAUAUAUCAUGCGAUAUAUCAUGUGGCAUGUCACACAAUUGGGGAAUUGCAUACCCCUUGGGCUUCAUUAUGUUGUGUCAUUGGUAUCAUCAGUUAUUUUAAUAUUGGCGGGUAUGGAAAUGCAUGUGCAUGAUCAUAGAGAGAGACUAUAUAAGGCCUACUGAUAAGAAAGAGGAGAGGAGGGGGCAGGUAGGUGGUGCAGUGGAUAGAGCACCGGCCCUAGAUUCAGGAUGAC